CUUUGUAUGCAUCGUCUCAGCCUCGCGCGCUGCCUUUUCUCGUAGCGAGAUCGUUCCGAAAGACCUUGAGCAAUUGUCCAUUCAUGCUGUUUCCACGCCUACUGAGAUUUCGACAGCGUGAUGGACGACAAAGUCAAUCACCUGAUCGUCGCCACAAAGGAACAGCAUUGAGUGAGCAUGCGCGCAGAAUUACAGCCUCGCCUCAGGCGUUGUGGCGCGAUGCGGGCGUCAUGUCGGCGGUGUCUAUCGCAGACUUCUCAACCACACAACCAGGCUGCAUCAUUCCAUGACCAACAUACCUCAACCUGCAAAGAGCCACCGUGUCCUCCUCUACGUGUUGUCUUGAGAUCGUCUCCUGGGAAAGGAUUCUAUCGUACCGUCCCAUGAUUUCUAUCUUUGAUCCACAAUGCCAGCUCUCUUCGAUCGAUUCUCAGCCUUGCCCGGACUGCUUAUCACCUCCAUUACCUGUUACACCUUACUUUACUUGCAUCUGAGCAAGUAUCACAGCUCGGAAAACUUCUUGAUCUGGACUUGGGAAUGUCGUACAGCUGUCACAAUAUUGGUUCAGUUGUUGUCGCAGGUUUUAGGCAUCAUAUAUGUUCACGUCGCGCACUCGUCCGCUCAUAAUUCCUAUCAUUGACAGCGAAUAAAACAUUCCGGGUCAGCUCUGCGUAUUUCAUCUAGACCAUUACUGUGCCACGGUGGGCCUCGUAAUUGUCAUAGAUCUCAAUAAUAACCCUUUUAGUGAUGCCAGAAGCUUCUAUAGUCCCUGCAUCGUUAUAGGCUGCUGCUAUUGUACUGCUACCUACACGACAGGAU